UCCACGCGCGUGUCAGCGGAGCUUUGGAGGAGCGUCUGCCCUCGCAGAAGAAGCGCCAACGCAGCAAUAUUUUUACCGCCGUUUGUUCUGCACGCGGACGUCUGAGGGGGGUGGGGGGGUCUCACCGGACCCGGAGGUUUCCUUCAAACCCGUUUCCUCUACGGGCUUUCUCACGCGCGCGCUUCUCUGCUCCUGCAGCUGUUUUCUCCUGGUGGGGAUUCGGACGAACCGGGUCAGACGAAUCUGAACCCGCGCGCUUCCCUCGUGCUGCCGCGCGGACCGAUGAUCAGAGGAGCUGUCCGGUGCUGAAGUCCAGUACGGAGAGAGACCUGCGUCCGCCGGGAGCUGUCCAAGUGCUGAACCCUCAACCCAGAACCCGGAAGAACCCGGAAGAACCCAGAAGAAACCAGAAGAAGUCAGAAGAAGCCAGAAGAACCCGGAAGAACCCAGAAGAAGCCAGAAGAACCCACGAGAACCCACAAGAACCCAGAAGAAGCCAGAAGCCCUCCCCGGUGGAACAGCAGCAGUUUGGAUGGAACGUUGCUCAGGACCCCGUUUGUAUUUUUAUUUCUCAUGUUUUAAAGGUCUUCGGUUCUGGUUCUACAGGUUUCCAUGCUAGAACCAGAUCAACCAGACCAGAACAAAGAAGAAGAUUCAGUGUGAGAGUCAUGUCUGCUCCGGGGGGGUUCACCUGAGCACGCAGAUCCACCUUCAGCUGAACAGACUUUCUGUUUCAACAUCAGAGAAACAGAAAAGAAGAGUUUGAGUCCAGAGCAGAAGAGCAGCAGAUUUCCCAUCAUGCCGCGCUCCUUCUUAGUGAAGAAAGUCAAACUGGACGAUUUCUCCAGCGCGGAUCUGGAGAGUUCCUACAGCCGGAGAGAAGAGCUCCGUCUGCAGUUCCACCACCAUGACAAAGGCUACACCAGCGAUUACCUGAGUCCAAACCCAUACGAUGAUGCUGUGGGAAGUGACUCCUCUGUCCUCUCCAAAGUGCCCUCCCCGAGCCACCCAUCCAUCAUAUACGGCCACAUUAACGACCCCUACCCUGGUAUCCAUGGCGACAUCCACGGCGACUCAGACCAGCCGGACAGUCCGAGGUCUGAGGUGUCGUCGUCCGCCGGUGGGUACAUCAGUGGAGACACGGCAGUGAGCGAGGGAUACUCGGUAGACGCCUUUUUCAUCAUGGACGGACGAUCACGGAGAAAGGCCACCAGCAGCCAGCGGGGUUCCGCCCAGAGGCACACCUGCAGCGAGUGCGGCAAAACCUACGCCACGUCCUCCAACCUGAGCCGGCACAAGCAGACACACAGGAGCAUGGACAGCAAGAUGGCCAAGAAGUGCCCCACCUGCGGGAAGGUUUACGUCUCCAUGCCCGCCAUGGCCAUGCACCUGCUGACCCACGACCUCAAGCACAAGUGCGACGUGUGCGGCAAGGCGUUCAGCCGGCCGUGGCUGCUGCAGGGCCACAUGCGCUCGCACACGGGCGAGAAGCCCUUCGGCUGUGCCCACUGCGGCAAGGCGUUCGCCGACCGCUCCAACCUGCGCGCUCACAUGCAGACGCACUCGGCCUUCAAGCACUACAAAUGCAAGCGCUGCAACAAGACCUUUGCUCUGAAGAGCUACCUGAACAAGCACUACGAGUCCGCCUGCUUCAAGGGGGCCUUCUCCCCUCUCAGCUCCCUCAGCGAGUGAGGACGCCUGACCUUCAUCUGACCUUCAUCUGACCUUUAUCUGACCUUUAUCUCACCUUCACCUUACCUUCAUCUGACCUCCAUCUGACCUUUAUCUGACCUUUAUCUCACCUUCAUCUCACCUUCAUCUGACCUUCAUUUGACCUCCAUCUGACCUUCAUCUGACCUUCAUUUGACCUCCAUCUCACCUUCAUCUCACCUUCAUCUCACCUUCAUCUGACCUUCAUCUCACCUUCAUUUGACCUUCAUCUCACCUUCAUCUCACCUUCAUCUCACCUUCAUCUCACCUUCAUUUGACCUCCAUGUGACCUUCAUCCAGAACAUUAGUGAGAGCUGUCCUCCUGAACCAUCAUCUGAACCACAAACGUAGAAAACCUGUUUGAUCCCAUGUUUCAGUGCCUGAUCUCAGAGCUUCUGCUGCUCCAGAAGUUUCUUCUACAUCAGGCAGAGCUCAGCACUACUGGCUCACUUUGAGCUUUUCCGUCCAUAUCUGCUCUUAUCGGAGGUUUUCUCAGCCUGUGAGCAAACCUUCGGGAUGAAAGCGAGAAUCAUGCGGUGUGAUCCUGAUAGAAAAGCACAAAACAAAAGCACAAGGACUUUUAUGUGAAGACGUUCAUUCACAGCAGGACUGCAGAUCCACCGCCUGCUCUGAUGUGCAGCCAGGAAACGACGUUUGUUUACAUUCAGUUUGUUUGUUUCCUGUACAGUUGAAGGAAAAUGAUCCUCUUUGUAUUCCAGGAUCAGAUGCCUCAAACCUCCUCUGAGCCAUCAGGAUAAUCCUUCAUUCACUUCCAAAACUAAAUCUUUUUAUAUUUUAUUUAUUGGUUGAUUAUUUAAAGGCAUUUUUGAUGUUUCCUCAAAGUGAAACUUCAUGAAGUAUUUCCGUUAACGUUUUCAUUGGUAAAUGUGUUUAUUUUUAUACAUCUGGAUUCUUUUGCACUUUAAUUUUCUGCCUUUUGUUCCAAAUAUGCCAAAGCAUUUGACACUUUCAGACAGUUUUACUUUUCUGCCACUUUGAUCAUCAAAACCUUUGCAUGCAGCUGAAAUAAUCCAGUCUAUGCCAAUUUUCCUUUUUGUCUUUUAAAUUUUCUUGCCAAACUUCGCAGACGAAGUAAAUACUGAAUUCUCCUCUGAAAGAGCAAUAACGCAUGAGGUUUUCAGAGAACACUCUUUUUAACUUUCUUCCAUCUGGUUGUGAGAAAUGACUUCAGGGAGUCGGUGACCACAGAGUCACAUGACGAGGCAUUGGCUCCGCCCUCAGAGGAAUGGCCGUGCUGCUGGGAUUCCUUCAUCCCCCGUUAGGACACACCCUCUUCUGCCUCGGCGGAUGUAGAAACUGCUUCCUAGUUCCUGUCACAGAACAGUCGGGUCUCCAAGGAUUCUCCAGAACACUCCGGUUCCUCUGAAGCGGGCCCUGGGUCGGGACGGGUCGGGUUCUUUUGUACAUGUUUAUGCACUGCCUGCCUCCUGUUGUUACUCUAAAGUAUUUUAGAAAGUAGAAGUAGAUCUCUGGUGCUGAAACAUGGACGGAAACCAUCCAGCGUGUGAAGAACCGGAGCUUCUGGUGCCUUUCUGAUAAGGUCUGACCACCAUCAGUGACGGGCAGAUUACUGUCCUGCAGGGGUUUGAGUCCAAGACUGAAUUAUUUUUUUAUAUAUGGGUCAGAACUGCAGAGACUUCCUGUCAGAGUUUCUCCAACAUGAAGCUCAAACCAUCAAACCUUUCAGACUUCCUGCUGUCAGAUUCUGAGGGUUUUCCUGAGGUCGUUCAUGUUUCAGCACCAGAGAGCGUCUAAGAACUCUUACUAUGAUCGACUGUAGCCUACUAUAGCCACGAGUUAGUGAAGCUAUUCUUAUAUUAAAGCACUUCCUGUUACAAACUAUAUCAUACAACUUUUUUAAGGUUAGUAGCACAAAGAAACGGUUUAGAUUCCAGUAGAGAACACGAGUAUAAAAACUUUUUUACUACAAACUGCAGACUGGUGAUAACCAUGAACAACAGAGUGGUAAUUACCCAGAAUGCUGUGCCAUUUAUCACCAUGUUGCACCACUUUUCUAGGAGCAAAAAUGCAUCUAUUUUGCAGCCAGAGGCCUUGUAAAUAGGAUCUGAGAGGAUGAAUCCUACAGGUCUGUGCAGACGGAGGAAGUCCACCUCAUUGGUUAUUUUUAUGGAGCUUCCUGCUUUCAUUCGCCGUUCUUCCUCUGUGUUUUCUGGCAAGUCCAGAGAUUGAGAUGAUGUAAAGCACAAAAGCAAACACUGGGCAUUUCCUUCACUUCUUAAAUAAAACAACUUUCAAAGAA